AUGAAGAAAUCGAGAGGAGUGUAUAUUAUCCUGUUUAAUACAGUAUUUUUGCUUUUGAUUGAAAUAGUAGCACACAUUAAAAGUGAGUCAGUUUCCAUACUUGGAGAAGCAGUCCAUAUGUCGAGUGAUUUGAUUACUGUGGGAGUUGGUCUACUUGCAACUUUUGUCUCUUCUCGGUAUACAGGAGGUUCAAAUUAUACAUUCGGGCUUAUACGAAUAGAAGUAUUGGCUGCUGCUCUGUCACUAAUUCUUAUAUGGGCACCAUCACUGUAUCUUGUACACAUGUCUAUUUUUAGAUAUUUCAAUCCCCAGAAAAUUAAUGAAGAGGUCGUUCUAAUAACGGGAAUUCUGUCGUUUAUAAUUAACGUUAUAAAUUUUUUAGUAUCCGUUAAAAUGAACAAAAGCGCUAAUGCUGAUUUAAGCAUUACGUCAAUAUACAUACACGCAUUAAGUGAUCUAGCCCAGUGUAUAGGCCUUAUAAUCAGUGGUGUAGUACUGCACAUUAACCCAAAGCUUACUAUUGUUGAUAUACUGGCGGCUUUCUUUUCCACUAUUGUAUGUUUCUGUGGAUCAUUUGGUUUGCUUAAAGAGGUGGUGUAUAUGCUCCUGGACAAAUCCCCGGUUGAAGUAGAAAGAGUCCGGCAGAGUAUUAUGCAGGUAAAAAAUGUAAUUGCUAUAAAUGAUAUGCAUUUAUGGUGUGUAAACCGAAGUACCCGUGUGUCUAUGAUUAAUAUAACCAUGAAACACGGUGCAGUCCAUGAAGAUGUACUAAGAGAGUGUAAAAAUGUUCUUAAACAAGAGUAUUCUAUUAACAUGUCAACUGUUGAAAUACGCACAGAAUAACCAGAGUUAAAAUAACCGUUAUUAUUGCAUUUAACAGUAUAUUUAAGAGUAUUAUUAGAUCUACUGUAUACAAAGCAUUGCAUACCCACAGAAUGAACAGUUUCUGGUUUAGAGUGCUUUCUGGGUAUACUAUACACAUUCGGAUUAUAAUUCUGUUCUGUACAGUAUAAAUACCACUAACGAAUAGAAGCUUUAUACUUAUACCAUAAAAUACCAAGAAAAAUCAAAUAGUCAGUUAUAUACAGAAAUUCAGGUUAUACA